CGGCUUUCGCUCCGCGACCGCGGAGCCGCGGCUCUCGAGUAUUUAUCGUUCCGCCCCUUGAAUAUCUCACGUUUGGCGUUUGCAUCUCCAUCCAACCACCUGCCCCUCGCGGCCUAGCGUCUCUCCUCCCCAGAUCCGCCCCCCCUCCCGUCGUCGUCCCCCGUCCCCGUUCGAAGGCGCGGCAGAGGCGAGCGAUUCCGCCGGAUUUGAUUCGACAUGAAUCCCGAGUACGACUACCUUUUCAAACUUUUGCUUAUUGGUGAUUCUGGUGUUGGGAAAUCAUGCUUGCUUCUCAGAUUUGCGGAUGAUUCAUAUUUGGACAGCUACAUCAGCACAAUUGGGGUUGAUUUUAAAAUUCGGACAGUCGAGCAGGAUGGGAAGACCAUAAAACUUCAAAUCUGGGAUACUGCUGGGCAAGAGCGCUUCAGGACAAUCACCAGCAGCUACUACCGCGGAGCCCAUGGAAUCAUUAUUGUAUAUGACGUGACAGACCAAGAAAGCUUCAAUAAUGUGAAGCAAUGGUUAAAUGAAAUUGACCGUUAUGCAAGUGACAAUGUUAACAAGCUCCUUGUUGGGAACAAGAGCGAUCUAACUGCCAACAAAGUUGUUGCAACUGAGACAGCAAAGGCGUUUGCUGAUGAGAUGGGCAUCCCAUUCAUGGAGACGAGUGCCAAAAACGCCACCAACGUGGAGCAGGCCUUCAUGGCUAUGGCUGCAUCCAUCAAGGAUAGGAUGGCCAGCCAACCAGCAGCGGCCAACGCAAGGCCAGCGACGGUGCAGAUCCGUGGGCAACCCGUCAACCAGAAGACGUCUUGCUGCUCGUCCUAAGAUUGCCUGAUUUCAUUGGUUCCUUGUGACUAUUACUACCGUUUGUGCGAGCACGCAAAUGUAUUUGCAUUAUUGCUGAUAGGCAUCUAUUCGUUGGCCAGAUGAUUAGAGAGCUGAAAAUAUGUUAAGAACAUCGUAGAGAGAAGUAACUCAGUGCUCUCUCUCGACUUAAGGAGCAAACAGCUACACUUUUACUUCAUUUUUUUCUACUUUACUAUAUCGAGUUACAUUACAUUUGUGAACAGCUAUUGUAAUAUUUUUUUUACUUUAUGUUCUUAGUGAGAUGAAAUUCCUGUGUGGGCAACAAAUUUCCCAA